UUAUCAAUCACUACCAUAAACAUUGCUUAAAGUUAUGGGAAACAAGAAAGAAUAAAUUUGGAGAAUGCAACAACAAGUAGGUGAAAGCCCAUCUUCAGACCAAAAAGACUCAUCAAUAAUCUGUAAAAAACUUAUGUUUUAAAUCCCAUAAACACAUCAAUUCAAAUUCCUGAAGAAGAAAAAGCCUGAGGUUAAACACUGCACCUGGGAAUCAAUUUCCUUAAAUCUUUACUCAAAAGAUGAGGCUCCUCUUCAGCUUCUGCUUCUUCUUCUUCAUGAUCAUCUUUACCGCAAGUGAGUCCUGUAUAUUCAUUUUUGCCCGCACAUUAACUUACUUUUCUUACUCUCUGAUUUUCUUUUUUUCACAGCUGCUUAUGAUCCAUUAGAUCCUAGUGGUAACAUUACAAUCAAAUGGGAUAUUAUGUCCUGGACGGCAGAUGGCUAUGUGGUAAGAAUCCUCUGCACUUGUGCGUGAGUGUAUAUAUGCUUGAAACUGGCACAAACUCUCAUCAUCUCUAUACAUUCUGUGCAUUUGCAGGCUACGGUAACUAUGAACAACUUCCAAAUCUACCGGCACAUACAAAACCCUGGUUGGACAUUAGGUUGGACAUGGGCAAAGAAAGAGGUGAUUUGGUCAAUGGUUGGUGCACAAACAACAGAACAAGGAGACUGUUCCAAGUUUAAGGGAAAUGUACCUCAUUGCUGUAAGAAAACCCCUACAGUUGUUGAUCUCUUGCCAGGUGUGCCUUAUAAUCAACAGUUCUCAAACUGUUGCAAAGGAGGUGUAAUUGGAGCUUGGGGUCAAGAUCCAUCAGCCGCUGUAUCCCAGUUUCAGGUUAGUGCUGGUUUAGCUGGAACUACAAACAAGACUGUCAAGCUUCCUAAGAACUUCACUUUGCUUGGUCCCGGCCCUGGUUACACUUGCGGUCCUGCCAAAAUCGUGCCCUCUACCGUUUUUCUCACAACUGACAAACGGCGAAAAACACAAGCUUUGAUGACAUGGAAUGUUACCUGCACAUACUCACAGUUUUUAGCAAGAAAGCAUCCAAGCUGUUGUGUCUCCUUCUCUUCUUUCUACAACGACACCAUAACUCCUUGCCCGUCUUGUGCCUGUGGCUGCGAGAACAAAAAGAGCUGCGUCAAGGCUGAUUCUAAGAUUCUAACCAAGAAAGGUCUCAACACACCAAAAAAGGACAACACUCCUUUGUUGCAAUGCACACAUCACAUGUGCCCUGUUAGAGUCCACUGGCACGUUAAAACUAACUACAAAGACUAUUGGCGAGUGAAGAUAGCAAUCACAAAUUUCAAUUACCGGAUGAAUCAUACACUCUGGACUUUAGCAAUUCAGCAUCCAAAUCUCAACAAUGUGACUCAAGUUUUCAGCUUUGACUACAAACCAGUCUCUCCUUACGGAUCCAUAAAUGAUACUGGAAUGUUCUAUGGAACGAAGUUUUACAAUGAUUUAUUAAUGGAAGCUGGACCUUCAGGGAAUGUGCAAUCAGAGGUUUUGCUACAGAAAGAUCAAAAGACUUUUACUUUCAAGCAAGGUUGGGCUUUUCCUAGAAAAGUUUACUUUAAUGGUGAUGAAUGUAUGUUACCUCCACCAGAUUCAUACCCUUUUCUACCAAACUCUGCACAAGGGAACUUUGCUUCGUUCUCACUCACCAUUCUUCUUCUCCUAUUCAUCUCAAUAUGGUGAUUUGAUCUGAUCCUUCUGGGUUUUAAAACACUGAACCAGAACUGUUUUUUGUAAACUCAUUGCAAAGAUUGUAAAAGAAAAAAAGGAGUUUUGUGAGAGGAAAUGAUUAGAGAUGUGCAAGGCUUUUUUACCUUGAUCACUGCCAUUGAUCAAUGACUCUGUACUUCUUGGCUUUUUGCUUUGGUACUAAUGUGAAAGUGAAGCAUAUUGAUUUGAUUGAGAAAGUGGCAAAACAACGAAAUGUUUU